AGUAAAGAAAUCCUUAGGACUUAGAUCGGGACUAUAUGGCGGAUGGUCCAAUAAUUCCACGGUUUCUUCCGUUAAAUACUGCCUUGUUUUUUGGGCUGUGUGCGAGCUUGCAUUGUCUUGGUAGAGGAUGAUUCUUCUUUCGGGGUUGAUUUUUCGAAGCUCGGUGAUGACUUUUGGCAAACAGAUGGUGGUAUACCAAUCCGCAGUAACAGUUCUUUGCUUAUUAAGAGGAAUUAUUGGAAUAUGACCCGCUUUUGACAC